UGUCAGCUUAUCACUAAAAUUGUUGUUUUUCCAUAAUUUAUUAUUUAUUGUUUAAUAAUUUGUAACGUAGGACUUUUCAGGGAAUGCGCAAGAUGCAACAGCUUCAUUCUUUAAUAUCUGAGAUCAUGAGGUAAUUGAUAUCUGGUACAAGUCCAUCAUUGAAUUAAAUUUUGUUUAUAAAACUCUGCCUCAAUUAUGUAAACAAUUACCUUCAGUAUGUAAACGGUUUUAUGUCCUUUGAGUUUAUUAAGAAAUUGUCUCAAGUGUUUGCCCACAAAGAUUAAAUCUAGCUAACACUUUAUUUAUUAUUUUACCAUAAAAAUGACUGAUUAUGAUAAGAAAUUUGAAGAAGAUUUGGAAAGGGCUCAAGCCCUAAGUUUGGAAUCUUUAGCAUUGGAACAAUUUAAGAACAAACGCCUUCAGGAACUAAGCAAUUUGGUUAACCAUGGCCAAUCCAAGAAGCCUGCAACAGUUACACGGGCUUCAUCCAUGUCUGAGACAGAUUCCCAAAUCAAAUAUGAACGGCAAUGGAGUAAGUCAAGGCCUCGGCCAGGCACUUCUUUGGGAACCUCAAAUCCACUUAUAGCACCACCACCUCAGUCUCAAAAGAAAGCCAGUAGUGUGGAUGAGUCUGAGGAUUUAAUCUCUUUUUCUACCCCUACUACAAAAGUGGCAACUAAUAUCUUGGAGAUGUGUGGUCAACCAAGUUUCAACACAAAUAAUCAACUCGUGCGCGUAACGACGACAAACCAGCAACAAACGAUGCAUCCUUAUUGGCACCACCAUCAACCUCAUAUGGGACCUCCUAGGUACCCUCAAAUACCUCCAGGAUAUCCUGGUUAUCCCCAGCAACCACAAUAUCCUUAUCAACCGCCAAUGUUUUAUCCACCGGGUAGUAUGAGUUAUUAUCAUCCAUCUUCAAUGAUGAAUCCGAGCCCGUCGAUAUACCCGCGACUCCCUGCACCGGUGCAGGUAUCUAAUAUUGGUUUUAAGUCGAAUCUAACGGGUAAUUAUCCAGAUAAUAGUGUUCCACCACCCCCGCCGAUUGGUAUGGGAGGUUUUGCACCUGAGCCACCACCCGCGUUGCCGCCGAAAAAUCAAAAACCGGAACCGCCCCCGCAUUCGUCAUUGCCGCCCAAAUCGACGGCGGCAUAUUCGAAAAUAUCGGCAACGUCUACGCCGACGUCAAAAAACAGCGCGGUUAAGAGCGAAAACGGCGGCGAGAAAGUUCAAAUUCGCAGAUCGCAAACUAACAGUUCGAAUAACCUGAUCGAUUUGGCACAAAUAGAUGAUAAGAAUAGCGUUAGAGUGAGCAUUUUACAAGAGUUUGAUCCUAUUUUAUCUGAUUCGCAGAGUUACUACGGGAGCUUGUACGGCAGGACCAUGAGCCCAGAUUAUUCUGGAGACGAUACCCAUUCGGUAUGUGGUAGCGUCUAUGAUGAGUACUAUGAUUACGACUUUAUCUACUCAGGAUCAGGAAAUAACAGUAUAUCGGGCAAUACGGGUGUUUCGGAGCCUCUUUAUGCGUCUCUAAAUGCGAGUUUGAGCAAAAUGGUUGCUGAAAGUUCACCGCACUCACCUACUCCAUCGGUUGCCCCGAGUGUACGCAUGUCAACCAUCGAUAGGAAUUUGUCGAAAAAACUGAAGCAUAAUCUCCUAAACGAAAUAGUACAAAACGACGAAAAAGCCCUAGCGAGGGACCCUGAUCUUAAAUCCUACUAUAGCAUGGUCUACAGAGUGCGUAACAAGUAUAAGUACAACGACCCAGAUACUAAUAUGGGUUUGGUAAUAAGCCCUAUGGUUAGCUACAAAUAUAACGAAGGCCUCAGCAUUAAACUGAGGGUCCAUCCCGAUUUCGAAGGGGCAGAAUUCGACAAACCAAUAACGUUUACUUGUGACGUUACGUCGAGUGUGGAGCAUAUCACUAUGCAGAUGGUGUGUGAUCUUGAGGCACCUUCUUAUCAAAAUUAUACGUUAAAAGUGUGGGGUUAUAAUGAGUACUUGGUUCCCACAACAUUGUUGUCUGAUUAUGAAUAUGUGCAUAAUUGUAUCAAGUUAGAUGAAGAUGUCGUGUUGAUACUUAUUCCUGAUAAGAUGCGGGAUAAGUCGUUUGCCAGGACGCUUCAAGACGAUUGUAGAGAUAAAGAAAUCACAUUUGAGAAAGUUGUGCCCAGUGAAAUAGUAUCGCAUAUCACGUAUGAUAGUCUUAAGAUUCUUUUAGAAACCGUAGAAAGCGAAAUAAAUAAGCUAGAAAAUACGAUAGAGGAGUUUGAAAGGAUGAACAAUUAUAACGCUACUCCGACCCUUCAACCCUCAAAAGUAUUACAGUCAGUAAAAUGUAUUGUCAAUUUAAUGGGAGACCUGUGUACUUUAGAUGUAAUGCAAUCUGUAGAAGCUUUAAUUGAUACCUGUAGAAAUAUUUCCUCGAUUGGCGGCAAUUUAUCAGAACAGAUAAGGAAUUAUUGCAAUAAAGUUAGGUUAGCUAUACAGAACUUAAUAGACAUGUACUGCCAAACGUUCUCAGUUAAUUUUGAAGUAAUUUCACCUGCUGCAACGGAACUGACGAAAAAUGUUAGUGAUGUGCUAGAUUCAGUAAUUAUAAGAAUAUGUGCCAUUUACAGGCCUAGUUCCAAGUGGGAAUAUGAAUUUUACUUUAUAGCGGGGCAAAUAUAUCACGGAACUAGGAAAAUAUGCAAGCCGAUAUUUACGCAGGCUUGCAGUAAGACUGAAAGAGACACCAUGUGGCCUUCUAGGAUAGUUUUUGAUAGUUGGUUAGAAUUUGAGGACGUCCCAAUAAGUAACUUAGCUAGAGAAUCUAGAAUAGUUUUACAAAUAUUCGGAAGAACUUUGGACACGUCAGAUAGCGAGGAAGCGAAAAACUCAAAUAUGCCCAUUUAUAAGGACGAAGAAAUCGGAUGGGCUGCCAUACAGUUUUUUGAUUAUGAAGGAGUGAUGAUACAAGGAAGUUCCCUUCUAUCAGUAUGGCCACGCGAAUCCAAUCAUAUCAACGAUCAUAUCUACGGUCCCGCUCCUGCUAUGGGCUCACAUCCUCAAAACGAUCAUCCCAUGUUAGGAAUUGAGGUGGUCGCCCCGUCUAAAGUACAGUUUCCAAAAGUCGAACAAAACUUGCUUAAACAUGUCGUACACGGAGAUUUUUCUAGUUUGGAUAAGGAGACGCAAGAACUCUUAACUGAUGCCUGUGAACAAGAUAUGUUGUAUAAAUUUCCCACCGAAAUAAGGGAAAUUUUGUGGGAAAAGAGGCAUUAUCUCUAUCAUAUACCGCAAGCCUUACCGAAAGUUUUAUUGGCAGCACACAGCUGGGCCUAUGUGAACUUACCGGAUUUGCAUGGCAUGCUGCAUUCAUGGAAAAGGUUGGAACCCAGACAGGCAUUAGAACUAUUGCUUCCUGUAUAUCCAGAUAUUGAAGUACGUCGAAUGGCAGUUAAAUGGUUGGUAAAAUUUUCCAAUGACGAACUAGUGGACUACCUGCCACAAUUAAUAGUGGCUUUAAGGCACGAAACCUACGAAAAUUCCGCUCUGGCCGAAUUUAUGUUACACCGAGCUUUGAGAUCGCCCAGGUUUGCUCACUACCUUUUCUGGUUGUUAAGUCACAAUUUGCCCGGAUCUGUUCCACAAAAUGGAAAUAUGGACAUAAAAGAUGGGAAAAUCACUGAUUCUACCGACUCUAGCAUUAGCGAAGUUCGACAUCAUAGAAGAAUGAGAUUAUUAUUGCGAGCAUUGCUUGCUGUUUGUGGGGAGUCUUUAAGAAAAUGUUUUAUGUCCCAACAGUUAUUGGUUAAGCAAUUAAGUGACAUAGCAGAUAUUGUCAAAAAAGCCAAAGAUUCGCAAAAACUAAACUAUUUACACCGUGAUCUGAAUGCGAUAAGUAAUUAUCUAAAUGAGAAUCCUACUAGUUUGCCUUUGUCUCCCACUCUUAGGGUAAAUGCAAUAGAUGUAAAAGGAUCAUCUUACUUUGCCUCAAAUACACUACCCUUAAAAAUAAACUUUAUAAUGGAAGAUAGUUCAGUAUAUCCAGCAAUUUAUAAAGUGGGAGAUGACCUACAGCAAGAUAUGUUGACUUUGCAACUAAUAAGGCUUAUGGAUAAGCUUUGGCUUCAUGAAGGAUUAGAUUUAAAGAUGGUAGCCUUUAAUUGUAUUCCCACUUCAAAAAGGAAAGGAAUGAUUGAGAUGGUAUCAAAGUCCGAGACGUUAAGAAAAAUUCAAACUGAGCAUGGUUUAACUGGGUCUUUUAAAGAUAAACCUAUAGCGGAGUGGCUGGCAAAACACAAUCCGUCUGAACUCGAAUAUAGUAGGGCAGUACAAAACUUUACAGCUUCCUGCGCUGGAUACUGCGUGGUCACAUACGUGAUGGGCAUCUGUGAUAGACACAAUGACAACAUAAUGUUAAAAACCUCGGGCCACCUAUUCCAUAUCGAUUUUGGGAAGUUUUUAGGUGAUGCACAAAUGUUUGGAAAUUUUAAAAGGGAUCGGGCGCCAUUCGUGUUAACAUCUGAUAUGGCCUACGUGAUAAACGGCGGAGACCGGCCAACCGAAAAGUUUCACCAGUUUGUCGAUUUGUGCUGUCAAGCGUUUAAUAUUAUCAGAAAUAAUAGAAAUAUAUUUUUAUUUUUGAUGACAUCUUCGGGUAUAUGCAGCAUAACGCCCGAAUCAGUACAAUACAUGCACAGAGCUUUGCUUCCAGAAAUGUCCAACCCAGAGGCGUCCGCCCACUUCACCCGACUCAUAGAAGAAUCUCUUAAAACGAAGUUUACCCAAUUCAAUUUUUUCCUUCAUAAUUUGGCUCAGAAUUUGACCCAAUUGAAGUUCACCGGAGAUAGUCAAACUGGUUCUUUAUUGUCGUUCGUUCCCAAGACCUAUAGCGUUAAUACUGAUGGUCGUUUAACCCAUGUGGAAGUAGUCGGGUAUAGAAAACGUUACGAUCCGGACAAGUAUUACGUUUACGUAUUAAGGGUGUACCGGGAGGAACAAAGUGAGCCAAUGGAAAUACAAAGAACUUACAAGGAGUUUUGUGAGUUGCACCAAAAGUUAUGUUUGUAUUUUCCGUUAGCAAAACUUCACAGCUUAUCAACAGGACUGCACAUGGGAAGACAAAAUAUCAAACAAGUAGCCCAAAAGAGGUAUCACGAAAUCAGUUUAUUCAUAACAUCUCUAUUUUUGUGUGCUCAGGAAAUUGCUCAUUCCGAUUUAGUUUACACGUUCUUCCAUCCGUUAUUGAGGGACCAGCAAGAAGACGAUCUUGCCAGACAAAUCACUGAAAAAAGACUGAACGAAGAAGGAUCCGGCAGACUGAAAGGGCAACUGAAACUCUCGCUCUUGUACACCAAGGGCGUUUUUACUGUGAUGGUGCAUCAUGCUCGAGGUUUACCAAAGUUGAACGGACAGGAGCCGUCGACAUAUGUGAAAGUUUAUUUGCAGCCGGACGUACAAAAAAGCACCAAGAGAAAAACGAAAGUUGUCAAGAAGAAUUGUCAUCCUAGUUUUAUGGAAAUGCUUGAAUAUCGUUUACCUCUGGAUCUAAUCAAAACAAGAACACUAAAGGCCACUCUCUGGAACUACGAUCCACUCCAAGAAAACGAGUUUAUGGGAGGUGUUGAAUUGGAAUUAACUCCUUUGGACUUAACGACUGAAAUUACGGAGUGGUAUCCUUUAGUUAACUUGAGUAGAUAGAGUAUUUCUGGUCAUAACUUUAAAAUGUUUAGUUUAUACAACGGUGCUCCAUUUUGAUUAGACUACAUAUUGGGAUCUCAACAACUAUGAAGGAUAGACAAAUCACUAAAUGGCGAAAGUUUAACAUAAUUUUUUAAUUUCUGCCGUAAAAUUUUAUUUUCUCCCAUUUUAAUUUUAACGUUUCAGUUAUUCUAAACCAUCAUCAAAAUGGUUCACUUUGUAUAUAACUACGAAAAAAUUGUUAUUUAAAAUGAGUUUUAUUGGCUGAAAAGUAUUUUUUUUAUUUAAUUUCGCUAAUUAUUUUAUCGGUUCGAAAAAUUAACUAUUGAGUUUUUUAUAUAAAUAUAGUAAAAUUAUUCGGUUAUCUCCUUAAAAGAUGUUAAUUACCAAAAAAACUGUAUGGAAAAAGUCUGAAAUAUUUUUUUUGGCAGCAAAGGUAUGAAUAAUAAAAAGUGUGUUUUACAUUCCUCAUAUAUCAUAAAUAGAAAAUAACAGGGAAGGGUUGGCAAUCAUUUAGGUUAUUUACUAAUAUAAUCUCUUUAGGUUAAAUAUAAACAUAAUAUGCCAAAGUAUUCCACCCUUAGUUGAAUCUAAGGGUUUAGUUUUUGUAUAGUUUUAGUACUGUGGUAUGUUUUUCUUUAAUGUGGAUUUACGCACAGCUUUAAAGCCGUAUAUUUUAAAAUUGUACUAAUGGAACAAAACAUACCUCAUUGUUUUUAUAACGUAUUAAUUGAAGUAUUGCUUUAUUAUGGUUUAUUUUGAUCUGAAAAAGUUUAUUGUUGGCUAACAUAUAUUAACAAUAUUAUAUAUUUCAUUAAUGCUUUCCUUGAGCGCCAGUAAUGUAGUUUAACCAAUUUUUGGUUAGAUUGUCAAUAAUAUUAUUGUGAACAUAAGACAUUUCAUAUUUAAUUUAUUUUUCUACCGAUUUAUUUACAUUUAGUAUUAAAAAAUAUAUAAUUGUCUUCUCUAUACACAUUCAUUUUGUCAAAAUAUUUAUACAUUAUUCUAAUAUAUCAUAUUUACAGAA